AUGGCAGAAAGACAAACGGAAGGACUGAGAAGCAAAAAUCAGUUGAAGAUAUACAACACGAUCACGAAAAUAAAGGAAGAGCUGAAGGUUGAAGGAUAUUUUUUUAAAUGGUACACAUGCGGCCCCACUGUAUACGACUCCUCGCACAUAGGCCACGCGCGCAGCUACAUAACUUUGGACAUUAUAAGAAAAACACUUGAAAGGUAUUUUGGGUACAACAUAACAUACAUAAUGAACAUAACAGACCUCGACGACAAGAUCAUCACAAAGGCAAAGGAGUUUAUGGACACUCUUCCAGAGGACAUCCACACAGAGUUCAACAAACUCUCAAUCAAGCUGGAAACAGAGACAGAAGAGCAGAUGAAGCUGCAUCUAGCCAGCAGACAGGUCAGCCGGAAGUACGAGACAGAGUUCUUCAAAGACAUGCAGGCCCUUGGCGUGGAUCUCCCAAACUACACCACAAGAGUCACAGACUAUGUGGAUGAGAUCAUCAGAUUUAUCUCUCAAAUAGAAGAGAAGGGAUACGCAUACGAAAGCGAUGGGUCAGUGUACUUUGACGUGUACAAGUACAGAGAAAGCCACAAGUAUCCUCUGAUGUGCGCAGCGAGCACGCAGGAAGACCAGCAAAGUCUUCUAGAGGAAGGAGAGGGCAAGCUGACCGAGGGACAGAAGCAGAGAAAAGAGGACUUUGUGCUCUGGAAGAAGAGCAAGGCAGGAGAGCCCGCGUGGGCAUCCAAGUGGGGCGCAGGAAGACCCGGGUGGCACAUUGAGUGCAGUGCAAUGGCUGCUAAUAUCGCAGGAGGACGCAUAGACAUGCACUCGGGAGGCAUUGAUCUUAUGUUCCCGCACCACGACAAUGAGAUUGCGCAGUCUGAGGGAUACGGUCUGACGAACUGGGUGGGGCACUUUAUGCACACUGGGCAUCUGCACAUUGAGGGGCUGAAGAUGAGCAAGAGUCUCAAGAACUUCAUCAAGGUAGAAGAGCUUUUGAAGAAAGGCACUGCAAGAGAGCUGAGAAUGAUGUUUAUCCUGCAGAGGUACACUGGCCCAAUGACCUACAGCGAAGAAAGCCUGGAAAGAGCUAAGAUCGUGGACAAGAAGAUAUUCAGGUACAUUUCACUCUAUGCAGGAGAGAAAGCAGACGUAUCUAAGUCGGUGAACGCUGUGUCUCCCUUCACGGCCAGCGAAAGUUCUAUUUUGAAAGAGUUUGAAGAGACUGCGCUGGAGAUAGACGCGGCAAUAAAGGACGACUUUAACUUCCCUAGGGCGCUGAAGCUCGCCACAGAUCUGGCUGGAAUGGAGUCAAAGACAGAGGUAAAAGAGAUCCACCAGCACAUCGCAGGGUAUUUAAAGAGACUUAUGCACAGCAUAGGGCUGGAGAUAGAUGAAGCUCCUGCGUCUUCUGAUUCAUCUGCAAUGCUAGAGAUUAUCAGCAGCUUUAGAAACACGAUAAGAGAGCUUGCAAAGGCAUCGUCUGACAAAAAGGGAUACUUUGACGCAUGUGACGCAAUAAGAAAGAAAAUGGAAGAGAAGGGAUUUCUGAUAGAAGAUGGAAACGGACAGGCAUCAGCAUCUGUUAGAAAGAGGUGCUAG